AUGAUGCUUUGUUGGUAUUAUGGGAUUGCUCCCGCAAUUGUGACGCGUUGCUGUCUGAACCAACUCUCUACGCUAAUCAAGGAGACGCAGAAAUUUAUAGCAGAAUAUGUUCGAUUGCCAAGAGUCAUCACAAAAUUCAAAAUUUUAUUGCGGCAACGUCUUUUAAUUCAAGAAAAUCCCAGACAAUUUCUGGAGGAAGAACUUUUGGAUUAUACGGCCAAGCAC